CACCCACCAACACGAAAGCUGCCGCCGGUGCGCGACGAGACGAAAGCUACUAGGCCAAGAUGCAGAUCUUCGUGAAGACGCUGACGGGGAAGACGAUCACGCUGGAGGUGGAGAGCAGCGACACCAUCGACAACGUCAAGGCCAAGAUCCAGGACAAGGAGGGCAUCCCGCCCGACCAGCAGCGCCUCAUCUUCGCCGGGAAGCAGCUCGAGGACGGCCGCACCCUCGCCGACUACAACAUCCAGAAGGAGUCGACGCUGCACCUGGUGCUGCGCCUCCGCGGCGGCAGCAGGGGUGGAUACCCCACGGGGAUCGAGCCCAGCCUCCGCGAGCUCGCGCAGAAGUACAACGAGAGGAAGAUGGUCUGCCGCAAGUGCUAUGCACGGCUUCCAAAAAGAGCUACCAACUGCCGCAAGAAGAAGUGUGGCCACAGCAACGAGCUAAGGUCAAAGAAGAAGUUCAUGUCCAAGAUCGGUGGAACUUGAGCUCUUGGAGCGCCCUGUCAUGCAUCAGUUGAAAUAUUUUACUUUCCAGUGUCUAGAUAUUGAACGUUUCUUCGUUUAUGAUGAAUAAAGUUCAUAGGGGGGCAAGCCCUGUUCUUGAUUGAGA